AUGUCUACCCCCGCCGCCCUCGCUGCACCUUCCCACGCUGCCACGACUACCAGUGUAGUCAGUGGCGUCGACUCCCAGCCAUCGGGCAUUUUGUCGUCGUCAGCUGUGGCCUCUGUGCGUCCUCGAUCUUCUGCGUUCGCUGAGGCGCGUGCCCGUUUGGACGCUGCUCCUCGGGAAGUGCCCUCCUUGCCACGUGUUCCCAUUGAUCCUGGCGCUCCUGGUGUUCCCGCCAACGAUGGCGACGACGUGUGGGCCUUCCAGCGCGAACAGCGUCGCCAAGCCGACGCAGUCCGCUCGAAGAGCGACAUCGGAUACCACCGACCCACGAUGGCUGAGCUGCAACCUGUUCUGGACCUUCUGGCCACGGGGUCUGCCACCGGAGGCGAACUGUUUGACGCCUUCGAGCCUCUUCGACGCGACUCGAAACGUCCCAUCGUUGGUUACGUUCGCAUCCCGACUGGUGCCCACACCGCGCAGAUCGACGAGGGCAAGGCCUUGAAGGCCGUGCUCUUUGACAACCACCAGGCCAAUGUCGGCCCCUCAUUGGCUGAUCUGAUCCAGCUCCGAAAGGACCUGGCCAACGAGCAACUGGUUCUGGGCCUUGCGUCGUUUCGUGCAAUCGACGCUCUGACCGGCGUCUACUUGAAGCUGCCUGUCAAAGACGGACAGAAAACUUUCCUCGUGGAGUCCUCCCAUGCCAUGGAUGGGUUCCAUGUUGACAUCCUCGACUUUGCCCACGAUCGCGCGGCCGAACGGCACCUUUGGUGCAUUCUCGCUGCUUGGGGCGCCCCUCCUAUCGCGGGCGCGUACACGCAAGUUUCGGCCGUGCAGGGCGCAAAAACGUCCCGCUACCGCCUGACGUUUGCCACGGCCGACGCGCCGUCUCUGUUUCGAUCCAACGGACGACUGAUCGACGAGAUUAUUCUCCUCGGACGUUGCCACCGUGUUUACGGAAAGGGUUGGUACAACCAUAAGCAGCCCCUACAACGUACGGACAUGGAUAUUGCGGCCCGAGAGCGCAAGAUUGUCCGUCCGUCGACUGCGCCACCUCCUAGCGAGUCCCCAUCAUCCCGCACGCCUGGUUCUUCAAAGCGCCAGUGUGUUGUACCUCCUCCCCCCGUGGCCUGGACUCGUGUACACCGCGGGACACCCUCUUCACCACGCGACCCCGGGCGUCCCUGGGUCUCGGCGAACAUGUUCGACGUCCUACGUCAGCAUGUCGUGGUAACCCCCGUCCAGCUGUCUGCCUCCAAUGGCAAGGAUGUUGUGAUCGUUCCCCAAAUUCUCGAGGCCCCCGAUGCCCCCACGUCAACCCCACCUUCAACUUUCGUUGGAGGCACCAAAAUUGUGGAGGGCAAGACAGUUCGCAUCGAAAUGCCACUCGACGCAAUCCUGCAGGAGUUUGCCUUGUUGGAUCGCUCGUCCCAGGUGGCGCAGGCAUCAUUUGACGCUCACUGCGCCGCCGCACGUGGCUCGACCAACUUGAACCUAGCCACGUACAUCCAAAAUGGCGAGGCCGAUUAG